AUGUGGUUUAUUUCAUUAAUAAUAUUUCUUGUAUUGUUUCCUGAUACAAUUUUUUCUGCACCUGGUAUUAGUAGUCAUUAUAAAAAUACAGGUUUCCAUACACGUCUCGAAUAUGUUAUUGAUUCUGACCCAACAAAACCUACCCAUUGUUUAUUUGUUUGGCAUCGUUUACCUCCUUAUCUUUAUAUUGAACCAGAUGAACUUUAUCAAUUGAAUGCUACUAUAGUUGGUUUCAUAAAUAUCGAAGCAUCUGCAUCUCAAUCACAUCCAUUUGCUUAUUGUUUUUUAUUAUACAAUUCUUCCAAAAUACCAUUUCGUAAUAGACGAAAAUUUUCAAUUAAUAUUCAUAGUCGAUAUCUAGAUCCAAAAUCUGAUCAAAAUCAACAAUAUGAAACACUUUAUUUACCUGAACCAGUUAUACAUUUUACAGAAAAGCAUUGUCCUUAUUUGGGCUCUGGCUGUCCAGCACCAUUAAGUGAAACAGGUAUUGAAUCACCCAGAGAACUAACUGUAACUAUUCCUGUUGGUCAAGAAUAUCAUCUAGCGUUUGUUUUUCCUCUUACAUGUUUAUUUCCAUUAAUUGGUUGUUCAUUAUUAUUUAUAUUUAGUGGAAAAAAUCGGGCAUAA